GUAGUGCAAGUUUUUCAACAGUGUCCUGCAAAUCAAAAAUUGUGCAUAAAUUUAAAUUUGCCGCCAAAGGGCAAAUACAUUACGGCUUGUGUCUUGGCUAAUCCAUUGUUGCAAAGUAGUUUACUGCCACAUUGUGGAUGAUACGUGCUUGAAAACGACUAGAACAGAAAAUUACCGCGGAGUAGAAAACAGCUGAUUAGCAUUGACAAAUAAACAAUAAACGACACACAAAUGCAACAAAAUGGAGCGUUGCGCAAGUGACAGAGCACUGCUGCUGAAUGAGGAAGAUAAUGACGAACAAAUGCUGGGCACGGAGCCAGUGGCAGCUGGACAUGGAUUUGUGCCCGCCUUUGCAGCACACAACGAGAUUGAGCCUGAAAUUGAUGCACAUCUGCGGGAACGAGAACAGGAUGAGGUGGUGUUAAUAAGUAAUGCACCAACUGCUGGCUACGCGCUUACCUAUUGUGUAUUCUAUUUGCUGGGCAUUGGAACGAUGACACCUUGGAACUUUUUUGUGACAGCAGAGGAUUAUUGGAAAUACAAGUUCCGCAAUACAACACUGAAUGCUAGCAGUUUCGAUGAGGGCGAAUUAACGCCAAUGCAAAAGAGUUUCAGCUGUGAUCUGACCUUAACGGCUACGAUCUCUGGCACAACAUUUCUGCUGCUCAAUGCGGUUUAUGGCCAGCAUGUCUCCCUGCGCAGCAAGAUGCUUGUCACACUCAUCACCAUACUCGUGCUGUUUGGCAUUACGACGGGAUUUGUGGAGAUCAACACGGAUACGUGGCAGGAGCAGUUCUUUCUCAUAACGCUCAUUACAGUGGUUAUACUAAACAUUAGCGCCGCCACCAUGUCGGGCGCCUUGUAUGGCGUUGCUGGUCUCUUUCCCUCGGAGUAUAUGACAGCUGUGGUCAGCGGACAGGCGCUGGGCGGCAUUAUCACUGCGCUGGCUUUUAUACUUGUGCUGGCCUUUGAUGCGGGUCCCUCAGCUACAGCAUUUGUGUUCUUCAUCAUGGGCGCAUUGCUCAUCUUCUUUUGCAUUGUCUGCUAUUUGACAAUGGCGCGUCAGCCCUUCUUUAAAUAUUAUCUGGAGGGCGGUGAUAAGUACAAAGUGAUUAGUGCGCUGCCUUCGCACAGUCGCCAGGAGGCAGCAGCCGAUACGGGUGUGGCGCUGGAGCCAAUACUACGUGAGGUGAUGGGCAAAAUUUACUUACAUGCCAUUUGCUUGGGCAUUCUCUUUGCCACAACGCUGUCGGUUUAUCCUUCGAUAACGCUGCUCAUGCAAUCGGAGUACUCUGGCAGUCAUACGGCGUGGACUGAUGUUUAUUACUUACCUGUGGUCAACUACUUAUUCUUCAAUUGCGGCGACUACUUUGGCAGACUGCUGGCGGGCUACCUGGAGCGUCCACGGAACUCGCAGACGACAUUAUUGUGGACCGUAGCACGCAUUAUAUUCGUGCCCAUGUUGUUGAUGUCCAACACCAGCGAGCACCAAUUUAUGCCCACGCUCAUUAAGCAUGAUUAUACGUUUAUGGCGCUGAUUAUAAUGUUUGCCCUAUCCAACGGUUAUCUUUGCAACAUAUUGCUCAUCAUGGCGCCCAAAGCCGUCAAACAACAUGAGAAGGAACUCGCUUCCAGCAUCAUGGCUGCCUCGCUGAGCUGCGGCAUGGCCUUGGGCUCGUUCAUGAGCCUGAUCUUUGUACAAUUAUUGUGAUUGCCGUCUCAAAAUCUCUGGUGCCUUACCAAGUCUAUGUUUUACUUUUAGCUAAUACUUGUCUUGUACUUUUACUCCCAUUCACCACGAGCAACAUAUCAAAUUGAAAUUAAUAAUAUUAAUAUUACAUGUCUAGUUAGUAAGUUUUACAUUGUACAGCAUUUGUGCUUCCAUUUUAUAAAAACAAAA